UCGAUCAUCACUGCUAGAAGAUGAAUCUGUUGCUCAUUUCGGCGUGCUUGUUCGGAAGCUUCCUGUUGGCUACGGCUCCGGUUUCCGGUGCUGCUCCGGGCUCCUGCAACGAUAUUGGCACGACACUCAGCAACGUUUACGAGAUUGACCCAAGCUAUGGAUUCGGCAAUUCGAUGCUGGUGUAUUGUGAUCAGCAGUACGACAGAGGCGGUUGGACUGUGAUCCAAAAUCGUCGCGAUGGCAACGUCAAAUUCUUCCGAGGCUGGGAUGAGUACGUUCGAGGUUUUGGUGAUCUGAGGGGAGAAUAUUGGCUGGGUUUGGAGAAAAUCCACCAGCUUACCUAUUCUAGAACCUAUCAGUUGGCGAUUGUGAUGGAAGAUGCGAGCGGAGCCAAGGCAGUGGCCAGAUACAGCAACUUUACCGUUGCCGGAGCCGAUAAUCUGUAUCGCCUUAUGAGUAUCGGAGCUUACUCUGGGGAUGCUGGAGAUUCUCUAAGCGAACAUCUGAACUUCCCCUUCUCAACGUAUGACAAGGAUAACGAUGGCUAUUUCGGAAACUGUGCCAGUAUGUUUGUCGGUGGUUGGUGGUAUGCCGCGUGCCACAAGAGCAACCUCAACGGAUUGUACCUGCCUGGACCUCGCAACGAAUUCGCCUCGAUGGCCUGUUGGUACACGUGGAAGGGACACUACUACGGUCUCAAGAGUGUGAGAAUGAUGAUUAAGCCGGCCUGAUAAACUUUGGGUUCUACAAUAAUUUAGCUACGAAAUCAAAUUGCCAUGUAUGUAUGU